AUGCUAACGGUGCGGCAAACUCUCUUCUCUGCAGCAAGAAACCAAUCCAACCGAAAGAUACGUUGUCACACAUAUUCCACAGAAACAAAACUUAACCACAAAGAAAAUGAAUCAGGAACGGCCCUAGCUUCCUCACGACGAAUAACUAAUAACUUAAUCAACCAGCAGUUGAGCUCACACACUCAGCGAAACAAAAGAUCCAUCAUCCAUACUGAUAUUUUAGAUGGAGGAGACGCAAUUUUUGGUAUGUCAAACGAAAAGCAGAAAAACGUCACUAAACAAUACUACAAAACUUCUAUAAAGUUUAGAACUUGGCUCCGAUGGAAGAUAGCACGCCAAAACUCCACAGUAGAGAAUACUCUCCCGAUUUUAUCACUUUUAGGACUGCAUGACUCGGACGUGAUGAUUGAGACCCAAGAAGAUAUUGUUCUACAAUUAAUACGCAACUCUCUAACAUUUGGUGACAUUGCAAACGCAGUUGACCUCUACAUAUGGUACUACAAGCACAUCAAAAAAAAUUGUUUGGAUACCAACAUACCACUCCAAAUUAUAGAAUGCGUGGGGUCCUCCAACACUUCGAGCGAUAAACUUAUUUUGAGCAAGAUCCUUCAACUCAUGGAAUUCUUAAGGCAUAACAAACAAUCCAUCAAACUAAAAGAUCAUCAUAUACUCGACCUCUGCACCAAGAUAAUAUCAAAUGCCAACAAGCCUUCUGUAAGAAAGUCGAUACUCAACGAAAUUUCCGAGAGCACUCUCCUCCAAACAAAUUCCACCCGCAACGCCCAGAUUUUAGCAUUCUACUCCCAGAUAGAGCAAGACUGCAAGAAAAACAACCCAGCGGGUGUUCUCCAACACUGGGCAGCAAUCAAGCUCACCUAUACAUCUCUGGACAAACAUGACCACAAAAUUCUUUAUAGAAUUAUAAAACUUUUCACGAAUCAAAAAGCAUACCGGCAUCACUGCAGAGUGCUGAUAUCAAGUCUCGAUCCGGUGUUCUACGUCAAUAACUCACUACUUUUACCAUCGAUUAUCAAUUUUUCAUCGAAAACUAAUGACUUCAAAAUGGCUACUAAAAUAAUGACAGACAUCACAAAGUAUGCUAACAGAGAAACUGUGGCCACCACGUUAGCGUCAAGAAAAAUGUUAUCCACUUUACUAAGACUACAUCUAACAUUCAGGGAUGCAAAUGGAGUUCAGAAAGUGCUCAACCUAAUCGAGGAAAAGCCAGACGGCAUGUCUGCAGCCGAUUACCAAGCCAUUAUCUUGAACAUGUUAAAAACCAACAGCAACCGUGAAUUAAAGAAGGCAAUUUUGCUAACUAAAACGAUUCCAGGGACAAAAGCUCUACCCUCUCUUGCCACUAUAAUUACGAAAGCUAGCCAACGCCUUAGCACCACAAGUCUACCAGGAGAAAAAGUUAACAGAAUCAUAAUACAAAAUCUUCUUAGAGUUGCCCACAAUCUCGAUCCAAAUCACACAAAUAACAUCUGGGACAUCGUUGCCUCACUCUAUGUGAGCAGCACAACAAGUUACGGAAAAAUUACGAAAAAGAACAAAAACACCGAUGAAUAUCUGCUUCACAAAAAGAAUUCGGCAGAUAAUGCGGCUUUUCUAAAAUGUUUAUUUUUAAGGUCAUCACAGAAGCCUUCCGCACUUUCGACAACAGAUCCUUUCAACCAGCCAAAUCCCAGCCUUACUAUUAUCAAAUUGAAUAAAAAUAAUAGGCUAGUGAUACUUAGAACAAUAGCUAAGGAAGCCAGGUUUGGAAAGCGGGUGGACAUUUUAACUUGGUGUGUAAAUGAAAUGGCAAAAAAUGGGAUGUCUCUCAAAGAAAUAGAGCUAGAUUGGAGUAUAAUGGAAAAACACCAGGUAAGACGGCUUUCCGUGAACAAUAGGCAUACACUAACCAGCAAUUUAAAAGACCACGGUGUAAAAAGUUUCAAGAAAGUACUAUCGAUUUCCUCUAGGUAUUAA